AUGGAAGACAACGCCGAGCUCGAAUCAUUCCGCCGUGAGUGGCGCGAGGAGGUCUCUCGUCGAUCGAAACCCAGAUCUACCCCUCGUGCUGCUCAAGGAGUCACAUCUGCCACCCCACCGACACGGCUCCCACCCACUCGGCAUGCCGUGGUAGACCGCAAGGACCUUGAGGAGGAGGGGCCCCCGCCUGCCUCGUUUGACCCGGAGGAGCUGGCCCAGCAGGUUGGAGAGCUGAGUGUGCAACCAGAAGACGAAGUAGAUGGUGAUGGAUUCACUCGCCGUGACACGACAGAGCCCAACACCGCGUUGGAGCACUUUGAACGUGCGGUCGAGAAGGAAGCCGCUGGUAAGCUGGGCGACAGCCUUCAGCACUAUCGUAAAGCAUACCGACUGGACGCUGCGGUCGAUAAACAAUACCGAAACAAGCACUACGCCCAUGUAUGGAAGAAACCUGCACACCCGCCUGCCAACCAACUCUCUUCGGUCUCUGUGAUUGCGCCAGCGCCCGCCGAGGAAGACAAACUUUCUACCGCCGAGCUGAUCGCAUCUUUCGCACAUUUACCCAUCGCACAAGCAGAACCGAUAAUUGAGAACACCCCUCCUCCGCCGUGUCCCAUCUCCAAAGUCCCAUCGGAGGUGAUAGUGGAGAUUUUACACUACGUGGGACUACACGACCCAGCGGCUUUGGGUCGGAUGGCACUGGUAUGCAAGCGAUUUGCGUACCACUUUGCACAUGAACAACAGCUGUGGAGGCGGAUAUGUCAAUCGCGAGAAUUCGGAUUUGAGGGCAUGCACUACACUUUUGCCUGUGACCUCCACGGGCAUCCGAUUUUCACACUCGGUGGCACACGAUACACGCCGUUCCCAAGGGACGCCCCAGUGGAGAUUCCGAAACCUCUGACUUCCUGGAGCGAAGUAUUUCAGUCAUACCCGCGUAUCCGCUUCACUGGAUGCUAUAUCAGCACGGUCAACUACACCCGAGAGGGCGCCGCAUCCUCCUUCCAGACCGUGUCCUGGAAUAGCCCUAUCCAUAUUGUGACCUACUAUCGCUAUUUGCGAUUUUACCCAGAUGGUUCCGUAGUAUCACUGUUGUCCACAACUGAACCUGUCGAUGUUGUUCCAUACAUCAGCAAAGAGAACAUGAUGGCUGCAAGAGCCAUGCACAAAAAGGGCCAUCAGCGCCAAGUCUCCGAUGUUGGCCAGACAUUGUCCGGUGCUGCCGAUCCCGUCCCACCAGUUGCCCAAGCUGCGCUGAAAUACGGUCGCCGGGGUCGCUGGCGUCUGAUAUCGCCCGACCCCAUCCUUGCGUCCGAAGACCAGCCUGAACAAACUCCAUUAGAAGAGGCGCCUUCUACCGAUCCUCGCGAUGUCGUCAUAGAGACGGAGGGGGUGGAUCCUAAAUAUGUUUACACAAUGCUCAUGACACUGAGGUCUACCUCUUCCACAAAGUCGCAUGUGAAUCCUGCGAAGAAUACCAAGCUCGCUUGGCGCGGGUUCUGGAGCUACAAUAAGCUCACUGAUGACUGGGCCGAGUUUGGUCUUCGGAAUGAUCGUGCCUUUGUAUUCCGUCGAGUCCGGGGAUGGGGCCUUUCAUAA